UGAAAUAAAAGUUACACGAGUUUUUUAUAUUCGGUAUAUCUCUAAUGAUAAUACAGAUAUGAAAGAAUUACCAAUGCAUGAAGUGAUCAAGCCAUUAGCUUGGUUAAAAGGGAUAUGGAAAACUAAAGAUCCUGGUGUGGGUAAAUUUCCAACAAUUAAGUCUUUUACAUACUGUGAAGAAAUGACUUUUACUUCUAUUGGUCAACCAAUGUUGAAUUAUGUUGCAAAAAGUUGGAAUAUUGAUACAGGAAAUCCAAUGCAUUACGAAGUUGGUUUUUUGAAAAUAAUACCUAAUACAAAUAUAAUACAAUUACUAUUGUCUCAUAACUUUGGUGUAACAACUGUAGAAGAAGGAGUAAUAAAAGAUAAAAUUAUUGAAUUGAAAGCAACUAAUAUAGGAAGACCAACAGAUGGAAUAAAAUCACCUGCAGUAAUUGAGCUUCGAAGACAAUUUGAACUUAUUGGAGAUUAUUUACAUCAUACAUUAUAUAUGGCUACAGAAAAUACACCAAAAUUACAAGAACAUUUACAUGCAGUUUAUGUUAAAAAAAAUGAAGACACUUCAUGA